AACAGACGGCUACACGCAGUUCUCACAGCAGUCGCACAAGGAGCCGAACCACCACCAUGAACUGCGCAAUGAGCACCGUCAAGUACCUCCUCUUCUUCUUUAAUUUCCUUAUUGUGCUGUGCGGCAUAGCCCUCCUGAUUCCUGGGAUCAUCGCCCUUGUCCAGCUUGACGGCACUUACUAUUUCCUUGACGCCAAGUUCAACGUGCCCGCUAUCGCUGUGACGUCGGUAGGGGGACUCCUACUCGUCAUUGGCUUCUUCGGUUGCUGUGGUGCCAUCAAGGAGAACAACUGCAUGAUCAACACUUACGCAGUUCUGGUAGUACUGAUCGUUAUAGUGGAGCUUGCAGUCGGCAUCACGGCAUUCGUUUACCGCGACGACAUCGGCAAUAUUCUGAGCGACAGGCUCCGGAAUGCUGUCUCCAACUAUGGCGAAGACACUGAAGCAUCAAAAGCCAUAAACGCUCUCCAAACAGAGCUGGAGUGCUGCGGCGCAGACAGCUACAAGGACUACCCGACGGAGGACCUGCCGCCGUCGUGCUGCGCGGCCGGGUCGUCCUGCUCCAAGAGCCCCGGCCAACACUUCACGACUGGCUGCUCGGUCGCCCUGGCCGACUUCAUUGAGUCCGUCGGCACUCUCAUCGGCGGUGUCACCAUCGGUGUCGGAGUAGUAGAGGUCGUGGUCAUUGUCUUAUCUUGCUGCCUGACGAGGACAAUACGCAAGGAAAGGGCUUUCGUCUAAUGGACACUGCUUCAAGAUAGCGUAUCCAUUGCCACUAAAUAUAAGCUAUUUAUUGUAU